AUGAGUCCGGUGCGGCAUACUCCUCAGCCCGCUCUGAGGUGGUGCCUGUGCCAUCGGACCUUAUUAUCGAAGCUCUCUUUUAACAAAGGCCGGAGUUUUAUGGUCGGUCCAAAGAGGCAAAUUGAGGCACAAGAUGAAGGCCCAAUCCCUGAGCCGGGCGUACGCAACCCAAUAUCAAGAAGGAUACAUGUCCUGGGAAUUGGAAAUAUAGGAGGCUUCGUUGCGCACUCAAUUGCUUCAUUGCCAAACAGGCCUCCAAUUACUCUGCUUCUACAUAAGGUCGAACACUAUUUUGCGUGGAAGAAGUAUGGGAAACGUCUUACGUUAGUCAAGAACGGAAUUGCCGAGCCGAGAAGCGGCUUCGAUGUCAACGUCCUGAGGGACGGAAUCUGGUAUGAACCGUAUAAGCCUUCUGAAUUCAAACCCGGGGAACCCGAAAAUGCACAAGGUGUGCAUCAAGGCAGGACAGAUGAGCAGUUCAUUGAUGUGAACAACGAAAAAAUCGACAGUCUAAUUUUGGCGGUCAAGGCGACUCAAGUCGAGCAGGCGCUGAAGUCUGUACGUCACCGACUUACUCCCCAGUCGGCGAUAGUGUUUAUUCAGAACGGGAUGGGCAUUCGUGAAGAAGUCAAUGAGAAAAUCUUUCCGGAUCCUGCUACAAGGCCGAAUUAUAUCCAGGGCAUUACAUCGCAUGGGCUCUAUUACACGAAAGCUUAUCACAUCACCCACGCUGGAGUUGGAACAUCCGCUUUCAGUAUCGUGUAUCCGGAACGGCCACGUGCACCAGUUGACGAGGCGGGAAAUAUUAAGCCUGGGGAGAAGUUUAACGACAGAGAUUAUUGGGCUAUCUCAUCGAUCUACCUCACCAACACGCUAACUCGUUCGCCCGAGUUAACUGCAAUUCGAAUCAACAAGAAUGAAAUGCUUCAAUUUCAACUUGAAAAGCUUGCCAUCAACUGUGUAAUCAACCCACUCACUGCUCUGAACGACUGCCAGAACGGCGAUCUCCUUUACAAUUACAAUGUUUCCCGAGUGCAAAAACUAUUACUCAUCGAAAUAUCUACCGUUAUUCGUGCUCUUCCCGAACUGCAAGGCAUACCUGGUGUUAUGGCUCGAUUUUCACCUGAAAGAUUACGUACCCUGGCGGUCAGCGUCAUGCAUAAGACUGCAGAGAAUACGAGUUCAAUGCUGCAAGAUAUGAGAAUGGGAAAAGAGACAGAGAUCGAAUACAUUAAUGGGUACAUUGUUCGACGAGGAGAAGAGCUGGGUGUUAAGUGCGCCCUUAAUUAUAUGCUUGUUCAGAUGGUACUGGCGAAGACGAGGAUGCUUUCGAAGAAGAUGCAGGGCCAGAUUCCACUUGAUCCCUCGGUACCGAAGUAA